AUGCACGAUCGUUCGAACGAUCGUGCCGCUUUUGCGUUCGCGCAACUAGAGAACGAACGUUCGACUCGUUCUCUUCGUGAUGAGGUGGCUAUAGCUCGUCGAGACAUCGCUGAACUGCGUGAACAGGUCGCUUCGCUAGUCGACCAGACUGGCUCGUUGAAACGGGACCACUCGAAGGUGGUCUCGGCUCUUGACUACGGAGGUGUUCCUCGCAUCUCGAAACGGGCUCGUACUGAUAGUACGGGCUGA